AUACUUACAACCAACAAUUUUAAAACACACCUACUAUGUUUUUUUAAACAUAGUAGGUAAUGUUUAGUGUUAUGACAAUCCAGUACCCGACAACAAGGUGGUCUCUUGGAGAUUUCAAUUGUACAUAAAACAAAUAAAAAAAAUGCGCACAAAAACUUCAUUACUAUGUAUAACAGUCAUACUGCAGGGUUUGGUCCUUCAAUCGGCGUGUCGGGUAUUCAAUAGCGGCACAACACCCAGAAUGGACUUAAUGUCCGAAGAAACCACGAUAGCUUCUACAGAGUCUAGUGGCAGUACAGCUGAAGAGACCGGUUCAUCAUUUUUGACUUCAAGGGAUAUAACACCGUCCUACUCGGUUUCCAGAGCCAUCGCCACUAGAGAAAUACCGGCCAGACAGUCGGUCACAGAAUCGUCUCAGCAGUUAAAGCAGGCUGUACAAGACGCGGCCAAGGGAGGUGUAGUGGACGUGAUUACCACAGCAACAGCAAUCACAAACAUCUCAAGCUCGUUGUCCAAGUCGUUUGUGGAUCUGGUACACGAGGAGAUGGCCAACAUCGAAACGGUUUGUAAGAGAAAAAUUAAAUUGGUUUCAGAUGCGUUGAACACGGCAACAGCCGCAAAAAUAGCCCUGAUGGACGGCAUAACAGACUUGGGCUCUUGGAGCGUGAUCACUGGCAAAAACGUAGCUUUGAACGUCGGCAGUGGUAUCGUCACAGCCUCCAAAGGUAUCGCCAAUGUCCCUGGCAAAAUAAGCAGCUAUCUACGCGGAUCAUAAUCAAAUUGAAAUUUUAGUAGAUCAAUAAUUGGAGUAGGUUUCUACUUCUUCUUGUAAAUUGUUUCACUUAACCAUGUAGUCGAAUAAAGUAUUUUGUAGCGUG